ACCCUCCCCCACUCUGCCGAAAUUGCAAGUCUAAACCCUAAAUGCUUGUAGAGCGACGAAGCCAGUUUUCAAAUGGCGGAUUACCUACCCGAACAUCUGAUAGUUCAAAUCCUGCAGAGGUUGCCGAUCAAAUCCCUAAUCCGCUUCACCUCCGUUUCGAAACGCUGGCGUCUCAUCAUAUUGUCGGACCCAAAUUUCGCCAAAUCCCAAUUCCAGCAAUCCCGGAGUCGCAGAGUCCUCUGCCUCGACCGCAAAGAAUCUGAGUUCGAUUCCCGGGACAUGGAGUCGCCGUGGUCCACUGGAGAAAGCUCUACUGACAGAAAGCUCAGCUGCCCAUUCAAGCAGCCGGGCUAUAAUCUCAACGCACUCUUCUCCUGCAAUGGUUUAGUAUGUGCAGCUCUGUCUGAUCGAAACUGGACCGAUUUGAACAUCUAUCUCUGGAACCCAUCAACUCAGUUCUUCAAAAAACUACCCGGUGCUCCCUUACGAUUUCCAUUUACACGCUGUUAUGGUUUUGGCUACUUGUCAGCCACUGGCGACUACAGAGUUCUCAUAGGCAACUUCUGCACAUUGAACAAUAACCACCACAUCUUCUCAUCGAACACUAACAGUUGGAAAAGUAUCCAAUCCCCUUUACCUGUCCAAAGAGACGAUCAGUGGAUUCUUUCAAAUGAGGCACUUCAUUCGGUUGAGAAGGAGAUACUUGCUUUCGAUUUAAACCAUGAUAAGUUUCAAACAAUGCCGCUGCCUGACCCGGAACCGGGUCAGUAUAUCAGAGAGCUAGGGGACUUUAGAGGCUGCCUGUGUGCAUUUGAUUAUAAGAAUCAAUGUAUUGGCUUUAUUGAUUUGUGGGUCAUGAAAGAAUAUAACGUGGGUGAGUCCUGGACUAAGUUCUUUACCUUAAAGAUUUUUGAUCUGCAGCCUAUGGUUGUACGUUAUUUAAGGCCGAUCAUGGUUAUGGAAACUAGUACAAUUCUGGAGAUAGAGCUUUCUAAUGAUCGUAGGCUUAUUGAUACUGAGUUCAAGUUGAUAAAGAGUUGUCAUAAGGAAGAGAAGUUUGAAACACAUAAGAUUAGCAGGAAGAUGUAUGCCAAAAUGAUUGGAUAUGAAGAGAGUCUACUUUGGCUUGGUUAGUCAUUCUCAUUUUCAACUCCUAUUUUCUUCUUUCAUUCAAAUUGUUUCAGUUCACAUGAGUAACUAAUCUGAGUCACUCUCAUGAUAAUAUCAUAUAUGUUCACCGUAUCAUUUACUUUUUUGAGGUUUAGUUUCAGACUUAAGCAACUGUAAAGGCAUCUCUAAACUUUGAUAUAUAUCUUCAUGCAUAAAUCUGUGUUUGUGUUUGCUAUAAACAGCCUAGACAGAGCAAAGGCUAUUGCGUUAUUUAAAACAGAGAAAGGACACACCAUAAUGACUUGCUUAUAGUUUGUGAUAGUGGGCUUCCCUACCAGGCUGCCACAUUUGGUUGCCGUGAUGCAAUAUAAUGGAGACUGCACACCAUGUUUCAUCAUUUUUUUGUUUUAUAGUCCAGGUUUUGCAUAACCAGUCAAUAUGUAAUACAUGCAAAAAGAUGGCAUUUGGUUAUAGAUUUCCUUCCAUCUCUUUCUUAUUAUGUAUUUGCGAAUUGGAUAUGUAAUACAUGUAAAAAGGUAUCAGGAAGUUUUUCUGUGACUGUAAAUUGCUCUGUUUGCGGUUCAGGAGUCCAUAACAACAGGAACUGCCCUAUGGAACUAGCCAAGAAGGCUAGGAAUGCUUCAGAAGCUGAGAAUAAUGGAGAACAAGGCAGAAUGAAUAGUGUCAAUGUGGCUAACCAAGGGUCAAAUCCUGUCAAUGUGUGUGUUCAAAACCAUGGCAGCAGCUCUGUUGAUGUCCAACUGCAAACAAAACAGGCAACUGUAAAGGAGCAGACAUAAGCUCUUGUUUAAUGAAGAUUGGUAAUUGUGUGUAUUUGCUUUCUGGUCAGCAGAGCACCAAAGAGAUCAAGAAAGGUUUGAGAGUCAUCUUCUGCAGCUCAAACAUCACAAACUGCUCAAGCAACCUCCCAAAUUGUUCUGUCAUCAUCCCAAAGCCCCUGUAUCUGCCUCACAGCCAACUUAAUCAUCACGGAACAGUGUCUCCCAACUCCAGAUUAGACCCAGUCCCCAGUUGGUCAAGAAGGUCCAACAUUGGCAAGAAAGUGUAACAAGACACCAGAGAAACCAAUUGGACCAAAACAACCAAGCAAGGCAAUAUCUGAUCUCCAAAAGCAGCCUAAAAGAGACUUCAGAAAGCCAUCAUGGAAAUUGCGAUUUGAAUACCAAAUAGGAAAUGUCCCUUCUGUUGUGGUCAGUAUGAUGUUUUUUUUGCGCAUCUUAGUACUCUACAUUUUAUAUUUGAAUUUGUUAUGGGAUAUGUUUGAAUACCAAAUGGGAACAGACUUGGAUAGUUGGAACAGACUUCAUACGGAUGCCCAACUAUGUAGAACUCAGUUAUUAUUGCACUUUUGGCAUUUGUUUUCCGUUGAUAAAGAGUUGUCAUAAGGAAGAGAAGUUUGAAACACUUGGGGUUAGCAGGAAGAUGUAUGGCACCAUGAUUGGAUAUGAAGAGAGUCUACUUUGGCUUGGUUAGUCAUUCCUCAUUUUCAACUCCUAUUUUCUUCCAUCAUUCAAAUUGUUUCAGUUCACGUUCAUUAGUAACUAAUCUGAGUAACUCUCAUGAUAAUACCACAUAUGUUCACCGUACCAUUUGCUUUUUCUAGGUUUUGUUUGCGACUGUAAAGGCAUCUCUAAACUUUGAUAUUCAUGCAUAAAUAUGUGUUUGUGUUUGCUAUAAACCACCUAAACAGUGCAAAGGCCAUGGCGUUAUUUAAAACACAGAAAGGACAUACCAUAAUGACUUGCUUAUAGUUUGUGACGGUGGCCUUCCCUACCAGGCUGCCACAUUCGGUUGCCAUGAUGUAAUAUAAUGGAGAUUGCACACUGUGUUUCGUCAUUUUUCUGUUUUAUAAUCCAGGUUUUGCAUAACCAGUAAAUAUGUAGUACAUGCAAAAAGAUGGCAUUUGGUUAUUGAUUUCCUUCCAACUCUUUUUUUAAUUUUGUAUUUGCGAAUUGGAUGUGUAAUACAUGUAGAAAGGUGUCGAGAAGUCAUUAUGUGAUGGGUAACUUGCUCUAUUAGUGGCUCAGGAGACCAUAACAGCACCUGCUCCAUUCAACAAGCCAAGAAGGUUAGGAAUGCUUCAGAAGCUGGGGGGCAGAAUAAUGGAGAACAAGGCAGAAUGAAUGUCAAUGUGGAUAACCAAGGGUCAAAUCCUGUCAAUGUGUGUGUUCAAAACCAUGGCAGCAGCUCUGUUGAUGUCCAACUGCAAACAAAACAAGCAACGGGCAGCAGAGCACCAAAGAGAUCAAGAAAGGUUUGAGAGUCAUCUUCUGCUGCUCAAACACACAAACUGCUCAAGCAACCACCCAAAUUGUUCUGUCAACAUCCCAAAGCCCUUGCAUCUGCCUCACAGCCAACUCAAUCAUCACGGUCUCCCAGCUCCUGAUUAGACCCAGUCCCUGGUUGGUCAAGGAGGUCCAACACUGGCAAGAAAGUGGAACAAGACACCAGAGAAACCAAUUGGACCAAAACUACCAAGCGAGGCAAUAUCUGAUCUCCAAAAGCAGCCUAAAAGAGUCUUCAGAAAGCCAUCAUGGAAAUUGCGAUUUGAAUACCAAAUAGGAAAUUUCCCUUGGGUUCCGUUGUGGUCAGUAUGAUGUUUUUUUUUUGCGCAUCUUAGUACUCUACGUUUUAUAUUUGAAUUUGUUAUGGGAUAUGUUUGAAUACCAAAUGCGAACAGACUUGGAUAGUUGGAUCAGACUUCAUAUGGAUGCCCAAUUAUGUAGGACUCAGUUAUUAUUGCACUUUUGGCAUUUGUUUUCCG